AGUAGAUCCUGCAGUUAAGAGUAUUGGGAGAUAAACCAAAGAAGUUGUGCAGUGCUAACUAAUGGGAUGGGCUGAGGAGAUCUGAAGGUGGAGGAACAGAGUUCCUUGUAGAGAGGAUUGAUGCCGAGAUCAAUCUCCCUGCUCCUGUUGAAGGAGACUAGGCAGACAUUUUGGAUGUCAAUCAGAUAUUUAAAGAUUUAGCCAUGAUGAUUCAUGACCAAGGAGAUAUGAUUGAUAGCAUAGAGGCAAAUGUGGAAAGUGCAGAAGUCCAUGUGGAAAGAGCCAGUGAGCAGUUACAGAGAGCUGCCUAUUAUCAGGGCAGGGAAACCACCACCUGGCUUACAUCUGGAUGUAGUCAAAGGAGACAAACUCAUUGAGAAACUCAUCAUUGAUGAGAAGAAAUACUAUCUCUUUGGGAGAAAUCCUGAUCUGUGCGAUUUUACCAUUGACCACCAGUCUUGUUCUCGGGUCCAUGCUGCCUUGGUCUAUCACAAACAUCUCAAGAGGGUUUUCCUCAUAGAUCUAAACAGCACACAUGGCACAUUCUUGGGUCAUAUCCGUUUGGAACCUCACAAACCCCAACAGAUACCCAUUGACUCCACAGUUUCAUUCGGUGCUUCUACACGGGCAUAUACUCUGCGAGAGAAGCCUCAGACACUGCCAUCAGCAGUUAAAGGAGAUGAGAAAAUGGGUGGUGAAGAUGAAGAGCUCAAGGGCUUGCUGGGCCUGCCAGAGGAAGAGACAGAACUUGACAACCUGACAGAGUUUAAUACAGCCCACAACAAAAGAAUUUCCACACUAACCAUUGAGGAGGGGAACUUGGAUAUUCAGAGACCAAAGAGAAAACGGAAGAACUCCAGAGUGACAUUCAGUGACGACGACGAAAUCAUCAAUCCGGAGGAUGUGGACCCUUCUGUUGGGCGUUUCAGGAAUAUGGUACAGACAGCAGUAGUUCCUGUUAAGAAAAAACGGUUGGAGAAUCCAGGCUCAUUGACCACAGAUGAUUCUGCAAAAGCAGGUUCCCAAUCGCAUGGCGUCCAUGGGACAGCACUCAUUGGUGGUCUGCCAAUGCCCUACCCCAAUCUUGCCCCAGAUGUGGACUUAACUCCUGUGGUGCCCUCAACAGUUAACAUGAACCCAGCUCCAAACCCUGCUGUCUUUAAUCCUGAAGCUGUGAAUGAACCCAAGAAGAAAAAAUAUGCAAAGGAGGCAUGGCCAGGCAAGAAGCCAACCCCUUCCCUACUGAUCUGAGUUGGGUUUUGUUGAAACAAAGUGGGAGUUACGAACUCCAGAAACUGUUUAUGUGCAGUAUCGUCUUUUUAAAAUCUCAAUGUCCUAACCAGGUGUAAU